AUGGUAGAAGAUUCAAUGGAACUAUUCAUGGAUGACUUCUCAGUUGUGGGUGAUAUUUUUGAAACAUGUCUAGAGCAGUUGUGGCAGGUCCUUCAAAGAUGUGUGGAGACAAAUUUUGUCCUAAAUUGGGAAAAAUGCCACUUCAUGGUUAGGGAAGGUAUAGUUCUUGGUCACAAAGUGUCACAAAAAGGACUGGAGGUAGAUAAAGCAAAGAUUGAAGUGAUUAAGAAGUUACCACCACCAAUCUUGGUGAAGGAGAAAGUGGUGAAAUUCAACUUUGAUGAUGCAUGUAUGGUAGCCUUUAAGUGUUUGAAAGAAAAAUUGAUCUCCACCCCGGUUAUCAUUAGUCCUGAUUGGUCAGCACCCUUCGAAGUGAUGUGUGAUGCAAGUGGUACAGCAUCAGGUGUCGUGUUGGGGCAAAAACGCAACAAACUAUUUCAUCCCAUUUACUACGCAAGCAAUACUCUGAAUGGUGCUCAACCAAAGAAGGAUGUCAAGCCAAGAUUGAUAAGGUGGGUGCUAUUGUUGCAAGAAUUUGACUUUGAAGUCAAAGAUAGAAAAGUAUGUGGGUUGAUACCGGAAGAACUAAACUUCUAUCAACGAAAGAGGUUUCUGUUCGAUGUCAAGAAAUACUUUUGGGAUGAACCAUACUUAUUCAUAGAGUGUGCAGACCAUAUCAUUCGUCGAUGUGUGCCUGAAGAAGAAUUCAAUGAAAUUCUCCAUUUUUGUCAUUCUUCACCGGUUGGUGGUCAUCAUGGUGGAGUGCGUACAACUGCUAAAAUCCUUCAAAGUGGUUACUACUGGCCAUCCCUUUACAAAGAUGCUCAUGAAUUUGUUCAGAAAUGUAUGCAAUGUCAAAGACAAGGUGGGGUGUCCAGAAGACAUGAGCUUCCUCUAAAACCUAUUUUGGAAGUUAAGUUAUUUGAUGCUUGGGGAAUAGAUUUCAUGGGUCCAUUUGUCAGUUCGUUUGGUAAUAAGUACAUUUUGGUGGCAGUAGAUUAUGUUUCUAAAUGGGUAGAAGUUGUGGCAUUACCAAACAAUGAAGGGAGAAGUGUUGUUCAGUUCCAAAAAUGA